CUCAGCAGCUCUCCUGCUGCCAAGAUGCCAUCACCACAGACAGAGACUCCUGGGCCGGAGCUGCAAAGUCCGAAGGAGGCCGAGGAGCCGCAGAGUCCAGCUCAGGACUCCCGGCGAACAAGCAGCAGGAAAGAGCCCAAUGCCCACCGCAAGGAUGGCACAAGGCUGGGCCUGGGCUCCCUGAGGCAGGCCUUCUCCCGGGCCAGCCAGCGGGCUUUGACCCAGGUCUCCAAGGAGGAUACGGGCCUGUUCCGGCGAAGCUCCUGCUCCCUGUUCCGGUCCUUCCGGCAAGCCCUGGAUGAGGGCCCAGCUACCGGCCAUUCCCAGGCCACUCCUGAGGUGCCCUCGGGGGUCAUGAAUGGUGUCAGCCAGCAGGCAGCCACUGGGGCAGCGUCUGAGGAACUGAAACCCGAGGCAGAAGGCAAAUCCGUGGCCGACCUCAUUACUGAACGGCAACUGCUGGCGGCCUUCGAACAGCUUCUGCGCCUGGAGACGCUGCUGGUGGCCGAGAAGGCCUCGCGCACCUUUGAGCAGGACCCUACGGCCUUCGCGCGGCGUGCCAUGGACGUGUGCCUGCAUUACGACGGGCUGGCAGCCGAGAUCGGGGUCAUCGUGCGCGAGACGCUGGACAGCGACGGCGUGGACGCGGCCGCGCUGGCCGAGCUGGCCCGCGUGGUGAGCGCGGAGGAGGAGGCCCACCCUUCGCCCCCCGACGACGGCGACUUCCUGCGCACGCCGCGCCGCUGGCGCCAGCACUGGGAGGAGGCGGUGCGGCGGAGCGCUCAGGAGCGCGUGCGGCGGCCGGGCGCGGGGUGGGCCUCGGGGGAGGCUGAGGGCGCGUCGGGUUUGGCCCAGCUUCUGGCCGAGCUGGGCGGCUUGGUUCGCCGCGACCUGCAGAAGGUGCGGCAGGAGGUGCAGCCCGCGUAUGCGGCGGCCGGCUUCCCCGCGUGGGAGGUCUAUCUGCGUGCCUUCCACAGCGCCGUGGCCCAGAGGCUCCAGGAGCUCGCGCGCGACGCCCGCGGCUGCGAGCAGCUCUAUGUCCUGCUGGACUGGGCCGCCAACGUCUACGGCAGUCCUGACUUCCUGGGCGCCCCGGGCCUGGCGCUGCCCGCAGAGCCGCUGCCUCCGCUCCUGGCGCCGGACGUGUGGGCCCGACUGGAGAGCGACUACACCAGCUUCCUGGAGGCCAAGAUCGCAGGCUGCUUCGAUAGCAUCUUGCAGCUGGAGCAGAGUCACUGGGCGGCCGCCGAGGUCCCCGAGGUGCUGCAGGGCCUCUACCAGGCGCCGCUGUCCAUGGACGUCCACAUGCUCGUGGCCGAGCACGUGAAGGCGGCCGGCGCCAUCUCCGCGGAGCUGGAGGCCACCACCCUGCGAAUCUGCACGCGGGCGCUCGGCCUCUUCGUGCCCAGGUUUGAAAAGGCUUUUCUGGCGUCGGAGGCGGUGAGCGAGCCGCACCUGGGCGCCUACAUCAACUCCUGCGAGGAGCUCAGGACCAGUCUUCUCUCCAGGUUCCCAGGAACCCAAGAGGAGCUGGAGAAGCCCCUGGUGAUGGCCACCUGCAGCUUCCAGAAGCACCUGCUUCAGGGCUUGCAGCGUGAGUUGCAGCCGCUCUUCAGGGUUGUGUGCACCAGGGACUGGCUGACGCAGGACUGGCUGCAUCCCCUCAUGGACAAGGUGGUGACCUUUGCCGGUCAUCUCCAGCGUGUGGCCCGGCCACGGGCACAGGAGACUCUGCAGGAGGUGCACCGGUUCGUGGUCCGCGAGUACCUGGCGCGGGCGCUGAGGCCACGGGCGCGGUUCCGGGGCAUGGAGCGCGUGCACAGCUCCCAGAAGAUGAGCCUGGAUGCCCAGGCCAUCGGUGACACCUUCCAGGGCCUGGGUUCCGAGGCCACGUGGUUGGACCAAGCCAUCCAGUGCGUGGCUGAGAUCCUGGGCGAGACUUACAAAGACGACAUCCAGCGGCACCUGGAGACUCUCAUCGGGAGCUACCCCGACAUCAGGCGGGACCACAUACUGGCCAUUCUGGCCCUGCGCCGACUGGGCCGCCGGCGGAACCAGCAUCUCUUGCAGCACAGCCAAGACCUGCUGAGAGCUGCGGCCAGGGUGGCGGGUGCGGAGGCCCCUCGGGGCCGCGUGCUCUUCGAGGAGAUCAAGAUGCCCCGGUCAUGGCUGUGCUGAUCACCUGCGUCUAGUUCUCUCUGGCUCGAGAGGGGGCCGGCCGCCGGCAGGGAGCUGUGGUCAGUGGGGGUCAGCCAGGAGCCCAGGGAGUCACUCUGGGCCCUGCCCCCAACUCCGACACUGCAGUUAGGGAAUUUUUGUCAUCAGCAGCCAUGCACAGCUGUCAGGCCAGAAGGAGCAGCUGUGCGGGAGGCAUUUCAGGCAUCGUAGCGGGGAGUGUUUUGGGGCUGCAGAGCUUUCAAUGCUGCCCGUCAGCGGGGGCCUCCCGCCCGACUAUCCAGCUUCACCCUCUAGUCUGAAAGUGAAGAGCAGAGUAUUUAUUUAAAAAAUAAAUGUGAAUUAAAA